CCCGGAAUGCGUGGCCCAGCUGGUAACGAUGGUAGUUACUGUUCGUGCCCUCUACGUACGCCUCCACUGGCGCAGCAGUUACCACCACUAUUCGAAUCAAAUCGACACAAAUCAUCUGAAGAGAAUCAGAUACCAGCUUUAGAAGUAUUUUUGAAACGAGCACAGAUUUAUGAAGGUGAAAAAGAUGUGAAGCAAAAUGCAGCUCGACAGCGGGUGAUUAAGAAGCAACUGAAGCGUCUCACAAGCUGGAUUGCGAAGGCGAAAAUCAGAUGA